AUCUUUGCUCGCGGCUCCUAGCGCCGCAACUAGGGAAAGACGAACGUUGCCGUUAGUUGCACCCUCUGGUCACAGAGGAAGGGGACUUUGGAACCAAAGGCCUACAAUUAGUAAUCGUGAUGACCGCGGAAGCCACCACCGUGCUGCCUGCCUGGCUGGACAAGCAGUUCGCGGAGACCUCGCUGAAGGAGAGCGACGCGUCCAGAGACUUGAAGGUCGCCUCGGUGGCUGUGCAGAGGGCGACGGCUACGGGCGACAACUACCUCAGCGACGUCUACCGCAUGACUGUCAAGCUGGAGCGCGACGCCAGUCCCCAUGGCAGCUCCCUGUCGCUGAUCAUCAAGUGCCUCCCGACGGGAGAGGAGAUGCAGAAGUUGGUGCAGGAGAUACAAGCCUUCGAGCAGGAGACUCGCAUGUUCUGCGAGACCAUUCCCGCGAUGUCACAAAUCCUGGAGAAGGCGGCACCUGGUAAAUACACACAGCUGUCUGCCAAGUGUUUCGCCUCUGGGAGGCAGCCGGUCAGCUAUCUGGUUCUCGAGGACUUGAAGGCCAGAGGAUUCUCGCUGGCGAAGAGGUGCAGCGGACUCGAUUUGGCGCACUCCAAACUCGUGGUCAGGAAACUGGCAGAGUUCCACGCGGCCUCCGUCAAGCUCUUCGAGCAGGACCCAUCGGCUCUGGACAACUACAUGGUCUUCAAGUCGUUCCACGGAUCUACGACGCAGCAUGUGGAGACCUUCCUGAAACAGGGUUGCAGGUUACUCGCGGAUCAGUUGGACACGUUAGACAGAUCGUACUCAAGGUAUGCGCCGAGGAUACGAACUCUCGCAGAAAGCAUAUUUCCACGGCUAGCUGACUUGACGGAACGGAAGGGAAAGUUUCGUGUGCUAACUCACGCAGAUACCUGGGUCAACAACAUCAUGUUCAAAUAUGCUGCUGGCGUCGUCCAAGACGUGAUCCUACUCGAUUUCCAGUUGUCUGCGUACUGUUCACCUUCGAUUGACUUGCAAUAUUUUACUCACACAAGCCUUACGGAAGAAGUGUACGCCAAUCAUUUAACAGACCUUCUGAAGGAGUACCACAGCCAUUUAAUCGAGGUGAUGAACGAUAUUGGUAUCAGUACGGACAAGCAGAUAUCCUUUGAGGAGCUACUGAAGGAUUUCGAGGCGCAUGCACUGUACGCCGUUUUUUCGGCAGUAGCAGUGCUGCCAAUCGUGCGCACUCAAGACGAAACUAGAUUCGAUGUGGAAGCGUCUCUGAACGGAAGUGACAGUCCUGCCAACAGAAACACCUUCGCUAGCGCUCAGUAUAUGCAGGCUAUAAAACAAAUGCUGCCAGAAUUUGAAAAGAGUGGCCUACUGUAGUCGUCCUGUUGCGUGUCAGAAGCAACUCACUCACGAUGGACGAAUUUUCUCCAUCUUGAUUUGCUCUCCCAAUUUCUCCACUGUCUCCACUACACUCAUUUCCUUAUGAAAGAGGAGAAACGUAAGUUAGCCAAUGUAAUACGAAAGACGCUCUAGAAUGUUCUUGAUUGUAGCACUCUACACCCAAGUCGUAUUAUAAGUGCGUUACAGCUUGAACAGCUUCAGACAGCUCGUUGAAAUCUACCUGUGUACCUGUUACGUCACGACUGCAGUCAGGCCCCACUCCACGAUGGGUUCCACUAUUUGCGUCAGCACGCUGCCAUUACAUGAGGGACAGACUUUCACACUCUGAACUCCUGUCGAUUUCGGCUGCACUGUGUAGUUGUUUAAGACUACUUGUGUGCUUACUUGAUAGACUCGAUGUGGAUAGUGUUGCGGAAGUAUGUACUUUCUGGUGUUCGACUACUGGACCGUCCAUGUUUUUGUCUGAGUUUUUUGUGCCAGUAACUGAUCAACGUGAAAAUAAAUCUGUCUGG